CGCGCGGCCGGGGCGGAGGAUGAGGACGAUGAGGAGGGGCCGAUUCUCCAUCCCGGCCGCGCUUUGUGUGGCCGCGGCUGUGGCCGCGCUUCUGCCCGCGGUGAGCGGCCGGCGGAGUCAGGACCUGCACUGCGGAGCGUGCCGGGCGCUGGUGGACGAGCUGGAGUGGGAGAUCGCCCAGGUCGAUCCCCGGAAAACCAUCCAGAUGGGUUCGUUCCGCAUCAACCCCGACGGCAGCCAGUCGGUGGUGGAGGUGCCGUACGCCCGCUCCGAGGCUCACCUGACGGAGCUGCUGGAGCGGAUCUGUGAGAAGAUGAAGGAGUACGGCGAGAAGGUGGAUCCGUCCACGCACCGCAAGAGCUACGUGCGCGUCAUCUCCCACGACGGGACCAAGCUGGACCUCUCCGGGGUCAAAAUCGACGGCGACGUGGCCUCCAGCCUCAAGUUUGCGUGUGAGAGCAUCGCUGAGGAGUACGAGGAUGAACUCAUUGAGUUCCUGUCCCACGAGGCUGACAACGUCAAGGACCGGCUCUGCAGCAAGCGGACGGAUCUGUGCGACCACGCGCUGCACCUCCCACAUGAUGAGCUGUGACGCCGACGGCCCCGGGCUGCGCCGACCCCACGACAGCACCAUGCUGCCCCACAGCCUCGGCCCCCUCCCCGCUGUGGGGGGGGAUUCUCCCGUCCUAUUUAUUCGCCGUCCAUCCCCUGCCUUGUGGGCAGGGACGCGUCCUUUGGUUGGGGGCGUUCUGGUGGCUGAUGUGUGGCUCCAGGUUCUCUCUGCUGCUGCCUGGGGCUGCUGUAGGGACAGCGGUGCUGCUGUGGGUCUGUUGGGCACCCGGGGCCCAAAUGCAGGAGGCAAUAAAUGGGGCCCGAUGUGG